GGUUCACUGGGCAGCCGAUGACCCCGCUCUCUUCGUGCACCCUGACGUCAGAAGAUCCCUGAUGAUAGGGUCUGUACUCUUGCUUCCCUUUGUGAACGUGCGAUUCUGUGUAACAUUGGAAGCUCAUGCGGUUCACAAGAUCCUACGUUCGCACGUUAUAGCAGCGCAUGAGGUGCUUUCUCAAGCACUACACUACAACGACCUGAACAGAUGCAACUUUUUUCACUAAGUCAUAUUAUUCUUGGAACCACUACCGCUUUCAUGUCCCCAGUCGCUUGUUGUAACGAUACGCCACACUCCAGACCGGCAAGUUUGGACGUUCAAGCGGAAGAGUCAUACCUAAGAGCAGGUACGAGGGCGAAAAUCCUACCCCAUCCCGCAACAUCUGAAUCGCUCAAUGACGAUAAUCCGAUACUGAAGGGGCUAUCCUGUCUGGUAUGCUGCUUUCGUCUGUCAUUUAUGCGGUCCAUUAUCGUCAGGUACAACUUCUGUUGUCGAAUAGUAUGUCGAGACGCAGUAUUUGCAUAGUCUAUUGGGUUGCCUUUCGUAGCACCUGGAUAACCAACCGGUAGCCGCUAGUAGUUGAGAAACUGCACAGGGACGACACGAUACGGUACUCAACAAG